UCCGCACAGCUAUAUCUGCACAUGAUACAUGAUGGUAUAUAAUUGGGUUUUCAAUAGUUAAAUCGUUGUAUAGGUUCGGACACCGGAAAUUAAUUUACAAAACAUACGGAAUAUUCAUGAGUGCCAGGUGAAUACUUACGGACAAUACAAUAACUUAAAAAAGUAAAAAUACACGAAAGGUAUUUGUAAGUAAGGGUGUUUUCUUUAGAUUUUAUCAAAUUGCACAAAGAACUGUUGUUUCUAUACGGAAAUAUUUAUUGCGGAAGAUAAAAUGCUAUAAAAUAUCGGUAUGUGUAUUAAGGAAGUUUAAAUUAAGCAGAUAUUAUCCUCCAUCUUGUUUAUAUAGCGAAAAACGUUGGAUUAAAUACGCACUUGUAUAUCCAAAACAGUAACGUUAUGGAUUUUUGAUAAAAUAACGUGUUUUGAAUCGAGAAAUAUACCAUCAGGAAUAAAGAGGAACUGUCAAGGACAUGUAGUUGACUGAUCAGCUUGAGAAUGGGGAUAUUUACUUACUUCCUUCUGGCUAUUUUCUUGCGUAACUUGCAUACUGUGCAGACUGAGAUAAUUAAACCAACUUGCGCGUUUGGUCACUUGGAUGAGAAAUCUUUCUCGGAAUGCGGAAACCGAGGUUAUGCUAUGCGAUGCAACGAUACAAGCUUGACGCAAAUUCCAGACUCUUACCUAAUGCCACAAAAUUUGACCGACUUUCCUCCACCUCUGUGUUUGUUAGAUCUAAGCUACAACAAAUUCUACUUGGUUGGAAAUCAAUCGUUUGUCAAUGUGAAAAAUCUAAACAGUACAGACGUGUUAUGGUUGUACCUAGACUACAGCAAUAUCACCUUUAUUGCUUCGAACGCCUUUGAAAAUCUGACCAACCUGCUGUACCUGAACUUGACUGGAAAUAAUUUGAAUCAGCUUGAUAGCUUUGGGGACGGUGUUUUUAAGCCUCUUAUAAAUUUGCGAGACCUCAAUGUGAAGGAAAACAAAUUACAAACAUUUGACUAUAUUGGAAUAGAAUUGCAAUAUUUGAAAAAUCUUAAGGGCAUAUAUAUGGAUUUGUGCGCAGACUGUGUGUUUGGAAAGAAUUUCAGUAAACUAACAAAUCUAAAAACUCUAAGUCUUUCUGGAAGAUCGAAGAACGCUUGUAAUGCACCAUUUGUUAAAAAUACUACGUUUCAAUAUGUUCCGACAGUAGAAAGUUUAUAUAUGGCGUCGUGUCAAAUACAAUCAAUAGACAAAAACGCCUUCAGCUACCUUAAGAAUAUCACGCUGUUAGAUAUAUCCUACAACGAGCAUCUGAAAUUUACUGGAAUGAAUCAAGCAUUGUAUGGUUUAAGGAACUCGUCCACUUUGAAGUUAUUAAAUGUAAAUAGGAUACAUCAGUUAUAUGAAUCUGGAAUACAGCUUAAAUUGACCGACAUAGAGAACCUUAAAACCCUACGUGCCCUUGAAACAUUACAUAUGGACUUAAACAAGAUAGAAGUUUUUGAUGUAAGUAUAUUACACCCGGAAUAUCAGUUCCCUAAGACGCUUAAAGAUUUAACACUAUCUGGAAAUCGACUAACAGCUGGAAAAUAUGUUGAAUAUUUACACAAAAUGAUCGGCGUUGAGUCACUUGACUUGUCUAGGCAACACUUAAACUAUGACCCAUUUUUCCACGAACACUAUGAAAACAGCCAGAUGUCUUCAAAAAAUGGCAUUAUCAAAGAUUUUUCCAAAUUAACGAGAGAAGAAAAAUGUCCAAGCGUCUGUGCUGUCUGCUUACCCCAUAGCCUUCGUAAAGUCAAAUGGAGAAAAAGUUUCAUAUAUCUGAAGAUAAUUACUCCAAUAGCUUUUUGUUGGGCAACGGGAUUGAAACACGUAGACCUAUCUUUCAACUUGAUUUCGAAAUGGAAUGCGACUAUUUUCGGAUUGGAAAAUGUAACUCAUCUGGACCUUUCAGAGAACGUUUGCGACGAGGUUGAUCCUAAAUUCUUUUUAAGGUUUAAGUCGUUAGAGCAUUUAAAUCUUUCCGGAAACAGCUUAGGGAAGGUUUUUGAUCCAGAUUUGAAUCCAAAUGCAAGUAAAAUGUUCGAAGUUUUGAAAAACAUAACAAAGUUGGACCUUUCGUUUAACAAAAUACAUCGUCUUCCGUGGGAUAUAUUCAAGAAUUUACCGAAUCUUACACAUCUGAAUUUGAGUGAUAACAUUAUUGGUGAAUGGAACUUCACUUUGAAAAACAGUCCCUGUCUACGACAUUUGGAUGUGUCUGGAAAUAAACUUUACUAUCUUCCGGAGAGUUUAACCACAUACCUUGACUUUAUUGCAGAGGGAAAUUGUAAUAAGAAUAAAAAUGUAAGCGUAAACCUUUACUCGAAUCCGAUAGAAUGUACGUGCAAGACUCUACCUUUUCUGAAGUGGUGGCGAUAUUCGAAAGUAAUAGUGCACUCUAAAGAAGAAGAUACCUGUCGACUCAACGGUGAAAAUUACCAGACAAAGGAGCACCUUGAACAGAUAAUAAGUAUUCUUGAAAAUGACAAAUGUCUAGAUCGAAGUUGGGUGACAUGGACAAUAAGUGCUGCUUGCAGUGUCUUUGUGUGCCUUUUGACUGUUAUCGUCUGCUGCACAAUGUACAGAAACCGUUGGAAACUCCGAUAUCUUUACUACAGUAGAAACAAACGUUACAUUCAUGAAGGUUUUGAGCGUUUGUUCGAGAACGAUGCCUUUGUAUCAUAUGCAAAGAACAAUGCAAGUUUCAUAAAAAAUGAGAUGGUUCCUUGUCUUGAGACUCAACAUGGACUACACCUUUGGGUUGCAGAUAGGAACUCAGUUCCAGGCACCUCUGUGGCUGAGAACAUCUGUCACGGUAUUUACAACAGUCGGAAAUCGAUUCUGUUGAUAAAUAAGGCAUACCUAAAUGACAGUUGGUGCGAUUAUGAAAUGCACAUGGCGCAUACUGAAUCUAUUGAAACAAAGAGAAGAAUGAUUAUAAUUGUUCUGAUGGAGUCUAUACCAAUGGAUUCGUUGCCAGUCUGGCUGAUGAGGCUACUUCAAAGUGAACGAUCCCUGGAAUACCCAGAGCAUCGACAGGAUAUAAACACCUUCUGGAUGAAUCUUGCAGACGAAAUUCAGUGUUAGCUGGCGUCUAGUUACAAGUACCUUGAAGAAUAUUGAAGGUUUUCGGAUGAUUAUAUGAAUACUGUUACCAACUGUUGUCAUAUUUGUUUUGAAAUGUGAUUAUUUGCAACGCUAGAUUGUAAAGUUGUGUAAAUAGUUUACUGGUCCAAUUUCUCCCAUGUUGCAUUAAGAAUAUUUUUGUCAUCGAGCACUUUAUCUAGAGCUUCUACUAUUACCUAUUCAGGCUUCCCCGUAUACAACAGGUAUUCAAGAUGCGUACUGAUAUUUUGAAAUUCCUUUCUCCGUAGCUACGAACUCGAUUUUAUUGUAGUUUUAAGAAGCCAUUUAUUUGUUUAGAUGUGUGACCAAAAGCAAUGUAUUGACGAAAUACUUGUUCACAAAUUGUCUAAAUGCUUACAGAUAUCAAAACCUUUUGUAUAUGGCAUUUAGAUUUCACUUUAGUUUAUUCGUUGACAAUUCGAAUCCUAGAAUUACCACAAAUCUCUAUCCUCUACAACUGCGUAAGAAUAAAGCUUUAUGAUCUUUUUCUUUUUCAAAUUUAUUCAUAAAACAGCAUGUUUAUUGACAAAGUCCACAAUAUUACACAAGUGAAGUUCACAAUAUAACAUACAAAUGUGUAAGAUUAGUAAUAUAGAAGAUGUUUUAUGUUUCAAACAAAGUGAUAAGCAUUACAUAUAAUUUCUUUAGCAAUAGUAUUCUAAUGCAUUCAGAAAUUUAUUAAGAAAUAGUAACUUAUAAUCUUUAUUCCUUGACAAAUAUUUAACCACAGUUAAUAUAUCAGUGUGCAAUAUUUCGAUCAUAUUAAUAAAUUUCUUUCUUCGUUCGCUGAAGAGAUACGUCUUGUAAAUACAGUAUGUUAUUAUACUGAGUAAAAUAUUAAUAUCCUGGUAUUCUUUAUAAUCAAUUUUGUAACCAAUUACUAUGUUAUUCAUAUUUUUCACCGAUUUAUUUAAACCACACUUACUAAGUGCUUCAUGAACGAUCUUCCAGAAAUCUGAUAAAUAACUGCAAUUAAUGAAGAAAUGACAACUGUCUUCAAUGCAAUUACAAUGAUGGCAGUUCGGACUAUCUAUUAUUUUCCAAGUAAAAAGAUUGAAGUUUGUAGCAACAAUACGAUGAAUCAAUUUAUACUUUAGCUGUUUGAUUUUAUUGUCAGGAAUAAUUUUGUUUAAAAAAUAGUAAAAUGCAUUCCAAUUUAUUUGAUGACCAAUUUGUGUUUCCCAAUACCUAUGAAUAUACGGUGAUUCAAUUUUCUUGCUAACAAGUACCAUGUAUAUAUCCUUAUUGGUAACGUCAGUAAAAGGUUUCCUUUUUACAUCAGGGAAGGUUAAAUUUGUUCUAACUUUAGUCAAAUAAGAGUCUUUUGAUUUUAAAAUUAUUUUCCAUUCCUUUGGAAUUGCGUUUUUCAGUAUAUUUAUUUCUGAUAUCCAGUUAUUUUUUACCUUGAGACUAUUGAGUAUUUGAGUUAUAUCAAGUUCACCUUUCUCUGACAAUAAAUCAUUAACAAAAAGUAUAUUAGAAUCUAUCCACUUUUUGAAUAUAAUACAUUUUCCUUUAUUCUUAAUGAAGCUAUUACCCAUAUUAACUGUUGUCUUAUUUUAUCAAAAGUUUCUAGUUUACUAUUGUUGUGGAGAGAUCUGUUGAACUCUAUCCAUAUUUGUAGUACAUUUUUAUAAAAGGCAGGUAAUACAAGUUCUGACUGUGGUAGUGAUUUAAUAGAAUCUAAAUUCAUCCUAAAUACUAAGAAAUUCCUUCCAUAUUGAUUUAGGAAAAAAGAAGGGAUAACCUUCCAAUUCGCGUUUUCAGCAGAAGUUAAAUUUUUUACCCAUUUAAUUUUCAUUGUUUUAGAAAAAGAAUCAAUAUCUACCAUAUCAAGGCCUCCAUCACUUUUAUGGCUAAUUGUAAUUGAACGUAUAAUUUUAUCAUUUUUACCAUUCCAGAGAAACCUAAAAAAUAUUGCGUUAAUCUGGUUAAUGAUAUCUUUAGGUACUUCUAAAUUUUGCAAUAAAUAUGUGAACUUUGGUAAAGCUAAAGAUUUCAAUACAAGAAUUUUCCCAUAAAAUGUUAAAUUUCUUUUGCUCCAGUUUGAGAGAAGUUUUUGGCAUUGCAGAAUUUUUUCAUUCCAGUUAAGGUUAUUACAUUCGUCUUUUUUGUUACCAAAGUACAUUCCCAAAGCUUUCACAUAAUUGUUUGUAAAAUUUAUAUCAUAAAUAUUUGUGCAUGUAUUUUUCUUCUGAUUUCCUAUCCAUAGACCUUCCAAAUUCUUCAAUCUCGGCGAUUGCAAUAGGAAUUUCAUUGUGAUUUUUUAGAAAAAGGGUGGUAUCAUCUAGUUGUGUCAAUUUUAUUUGGUUAGAUACAUCAGUUUUUACAGUUAUUCCAUUAAUGUCUUGGUUUGAUCGUAUUUUUAUUGCUAAUAUUUCGACUACUAUGAUAAAAAGAAGAGCUGAUAAUGGACAUCCUUGUCUUAUGCCUUGUGUUAUAGAAAAAAAGUCGGAAAUCCAUCCAUUGUUGGUGACACAUGCAGAUAUAUUAGUAUAAAAUACUUUAACCCAUCUUAAAAAUGAUUCCUGAAAGCCAAAUUUUUCUAAAGUUUUAAACAUAAAAACCCAAUCAACCGUAUCAAAGGCCUUUCUGAAAUCUAGAAAUAGAAUUGUUCCAUCGAUAUCUAAUUUAUCAGUAUAGUCUAUUAUAUCUUGGAUUUGUCUAAUAUUGUAGCCAAUGUAUCUAUUUUUAAUAUAGCCUUGUUGAUCUAGACUCACUAUUUUCGGGAUUACGAUUUGUAAACGUUUGGCUAAAACUCUUGCCGAAAGUUUAAGAUCUACAUUUAAAAGAGAUACAGGCCUAGCUUUAUGAUCUUAGAUCUUCACGAUUAAUGGCACCUUUUAUGACACAGCGGCUAUGCCAAUAUGUUGCAUCUAAGUAGAACAUAGACUGUUGCGAAAUAACAAGGUUACCAAAUACCUGAGUGCACAUUUUUCAUACAGCAUCCAGGGCCCUGUGUUUGAUGAUUCAGCAGUGUUGAGCUGGUGAACCUUGAUGUUUUUAAAUUAACUUUGCAACCCCCGACCUCCCACCCCUCCUACGUCCCCAAAGUUUUGAACAAAAUGCAGUUUGAGAGAUUUGAUCUUGCUGUGACCAUGACCUUCGAACGAUCACCCUGUACAUUGUCUCAUCAUCGCUCAUCUAUAUGUCAGGUUUAAAGUUAAUACUUUGAAUGGUUAUUAUGUAACGCCUCUGCCUCAUUUGACAUUUUCGACUUUGACCUGACCUUUGGCCUACUAUUUUUAGAAUCAUUUCAAUUGAUUUCAUAGUUUUCAUUCUCUGCUAUUAUCAUAUCUUUCUUUUUUUAAUUAAUCUAGAUACGAGAAUGGUAACCAUGUGCACACUCCCAUCUUUCUUUUACUUGACUCUCCAGCUUAAUAUUAUAUAUAUUUUGGUAACAUUCGAUUAAAAUCGAACGCAUUGAUA